AUGGGGAAACAAGGAAAGAGCUGAAUUUCCUUCUUUGGAGAGAUAUCCAUGGUUUCUUUAAUUUUUAUUAUUUCAAAUAUCUUUAUAUCAAAAUUAAAGUGAAAAAUCAAUAUGAAGUUUUCCUGUCAUCAUGACUGCAGUCUUCUGUUGUGUUGGUGCUCUUGCAAUAGCUGGGGCUUUGCAUCAUGUUGACAAGGAUCUUCUUGGGUGGUGGUUAUGUGAAAGGCAAGUCAAAUCUGGAGGUCUGAAUGGCCGCCCUGAGAAACUUCCUGAUGUUUGCUACUCAUGGUGGGUUGUUUCCAGCUUGAUCAUGAUUGACAGAGUUCACUGGAUCGAUAAAGACAAGUUAGUUAAGUUCAUCUUGGACUGUCAGGACUUGGAGAAUGGUGGAAUUUCAGACAGACCUGAUGAUGCCGUUGAUGUCUUCCACACAUAUUUUGGAGUUGCUGGGCUUUCACUUCUUGAGUAUCCAGAAUUGAAGGCCAUUGACCCAGCUUAUGCAUUGCCAGUUGAUGUUGUAAAUAGAAUCUUCUAUGCCUGAUUAUUGGAUGUUAAUAUUGACAUAUUUCUAUAUGUCACAAUUAGUAAUUGGAAAGUUUAUACUAUUUGUCCUAAUUAUUUAUUUAGGGCACUUAAAUUAGUUGU